GCUCGGCGCUGGCUUGCUGCUGCCUGCCCGCCGCCCAGGAAGGCGCUGAGCUCAAACCGGCAGCCGCGGCCCGCCGCCGCCGCCUGCGCUCCCGCGGCCCGGCCCAGCCUGACUGCUCCGCCGCUCAGUUUAAAAAUGGGACGUCGUUCCUCGGACACAGAAGAAGAAAACAGAAGCAGAAGGAAAAAGAAACACCGCAGGCGUUCAUCUUCAAGUAGCUCCUCAGACAGCAGAACAUACAGCCGUAAAAAGUCUGGAAGGAAAUCAAGGUCAAGGUCACGGUCUCGAGAUCUCCAGUCUCGUUCACAUUCUUAUGAGAAAAGACGCAGACACAGAUCGAGCAGUAGUUCUUCGUAUGGUUCCAGAAGAAAACGCAGUCGUAGCCGAUCAAGGGGCAGAGGCAAAUCCUACAAGUCUCAAAGAUCGAGAUCAAAAAGUAGGACAAGAAGAUCACGAUCAAGACCUCGUCAACGUUCUUAUAGUCGAAGUAGUGAAAGAUCCAGUCAUAGGAGAACUCAUAGCGGGUCUCGUGAAAGAGAGCGGCGUAAAGGCAGAGAGAAAGAAAAAAUAAAAGAGAAGGGCAAAGGAAAAGAAAAGGAGAUGUGUGGCACGAAGCAUGGGGACUCUGGAAACAUCAAAGCUGGAUUAGAACAUCUGACUCCUGCUGAACAGGCCAAAGCUAGAUUACAGCUGGUUCUUGAGGCAGCUGCUAAAGCAGAUGAAGCAUUAAAGGCCAAAGAGAGAAGUGAAGAAGAAGCAAAGAAAAGGAAGGAAGAAGACCAAGCCACCCUAGUAGAGCAAGUGAAACGAGUAAAAGAAAUUGAAGCUAUUGAAAGUGACUCCUUUGUUCCACAGACAUUCAGAUCAAGUAAAGAAGUCAAAAAGUCAAUAGAGCCUACUGAACUGCAAUACGAACCUGUAACUAUCGACAUCGGAACUGUUGAGGCAUCUGCUCCUGAAAAAGAACCACCGCCUGCCAAUAUUCCUACUGCUAUCAAAUAUCAAGAUGAUAAUUCUCUAGCACAUCCAAACCUGUUUAUCGAGAAGGCAGAAGCAGAAGAGAAGUGGUUUCAGAGGCUGAUUGCUCUUCGCCAGGAAAGGCUGAUGGGCAGCCCAGUGGCCUGAGCGAACUGCUGCGACCAUCAGAUACCAGUUCUCCACGAAUGCUAAGAAAUCCUACCAUGAAAUUGUUUUAUUUUUCUCUUUUGAGGGGAUUUUAAUACUCCAUAUGAAUUGUACAGAGAAUAAAUAUUUCAUCUGAAUAAACAAGAAUGUUCUAUCCUC